CAGUCGCUGGAUGAAACUGAAAGUUGAGCGAAAGUUCAGGUUGGUGGAUUAUAAAAGAGCAGAGCAGAGAGAAGAGACACUCACAGCACCCAGACAGCAGACAGACUAGAUCUCCAUCAGCUAACAGGACUAAGCAUCACCAUGGCAAUGAACUCAAAGACAGCUAAGAUUUCAUCUGGAUAUGAGGACAUGAUGUCACGGAGUGAAUUGAUCCGCUCAGGAGCUCCAGCAAUCUACCAGCUGAAACCAAAAACCCAACAUAUUGGAACCCUGAAGAGACUGACCGUUGGUGAAAGAAGCUCCAUGAAGACAAACAAAACCAUCUUGCUAGUUGGAGAAACAGGAACAGGAAAAUCUACCCUGAUCAACGCUCUGGUCAACUACACCAUGGGAGUGAAGUUUGAGGAUGAAGUCUGGUUUCAGGUCGUCGAGGACGAGAAGAGAAGCCAAGCAGAAAGUCAGACAUCAGAUGUGAUCGUGUACGAGAUCUUUGGGUUUGAGGGUAAAUCUCUGCCCUUCUCUCUGACCAUCGUCGAUACUCCUGGGUAUGGAGACACCAGAGGGGUUGAGCACGAUGCCGUCGUCAGUCAGAGAUUGUUCGACUUGUUUCGAUCGGAGGAUGGAGUUCAUGAAAUGAACGCGGUUGGUCUGGUGUUGAAGGCGACGGAGAAUCGAGUAAGCGACCGCAUGACGUACAUCUUCGAUUCAGUGAUGUCUCUGUUUGGAAAAGACCUGGAGAAAAACAUCAUAGCUCUCAUGACGCACUCAUAUGGGAUGCCACCUAAAAAUGCCCUUCAAGCUCUUGAAGCAGCAAACAUUAAAUGUGCCAAAAACGAGAGGAAUCGCCCGGUUCACUUCCUGUUCAAUAACUGUCAGGCAGAGCUGAGAGACGAGGACACUAGGGAGGACACUGAGGUGCCUUUAGAGAACGCAUGGCGACAGACAACGAAGGGAAUGGAGCGGUUUUCGGAGUUCCUGAAGAACAUUCGACCUCAGAAGCUGAAAACAACAGUGGAGGUUCUGAAGUCCCAAAUCCGACUGACAGCAUCAAUCCACAACCUGCAAGAAAGAAUCAAGUUAGCUGAGAAGAUGAAGGAUGAGAUCAAGAAGACACAAAUGCAGCUGAAGAUGCACGAGAGCGACCUGGAAAAUGACAAGAACUUCACCAUUGAGGUGGAGGAGCAGUACGUAGAACUGGAGGAAUAUAGUGGUGGAUGGUCGUUAUUCACAUUUGAUGGAGUCACUCGCUGCACAAGUUGUAAAGAAAACUGUCAUUACCCAGGAUGCACUGUGGCCUGGACUGCCUCACUUUGUGAGAUCAUGAGUGAUGGCCGUUGCACCGUGUGUACAGGGAAAUGUUCUGAUGGCAGACACGUGAAAGACACCGAGAGGUACGUCACCAAGACCAGGAAGGUCAAGAAGACAGUGGGGGAUCUGAAGAAAGCAUACGAAGCAAACGUGAAGGACACAUCUGGUCUUCUGAAUGUGCUAGAAGUGAAGAAGAAGAAGCUGGAGACAGAGGGGAAGCAGUGGCUGGAGGAGGCGUUCAGGUAUGUGCUGAAGCUGCGAGAUUCUGCUCUGACCGUGAAAACCAUGUCUACCCAGGCAUUUCUAGGUGUCCUCAUCCAGAAGAUGCAGGAACUCGGGGAAACAGACAAGGUCAAGACUCUGAAGGAGAUGGCCGGUCGGGUGGACGAGGGAAGCAAAUCAGUGCUGGAGAAGACUUUUGGUUAACCUUAUGACCAAGAAUCCACCAGGAGUUAAAGAUCUUGAAACAUCUUGUCACCUUCUGGUUGCAGCAGACCAAGAAGGUUUAUUAAAAUCUUAACAGUUUUUAAGUGUUCAAGUAGGUUUUGUGAGAAGUAACAUUAGCUCAUCUUGUGUAAUCCAAACUGUGUUUAUAUGUUUUUAUAGUUUGAAUAUGUGGCAAAUAUAUAAUGUUGCCAGAAAUGUUGAAAUAAUCGGUUUUUCAGAAACAUUCCUCUUUUUAUUCCUUUAUUAUUUACAUUUCAUAAGAAGAGGUAACAGAUGAUUUUUGUCAACCUCAUGGGCAACAGUGUGGAUGCAUUAAUAAGUAUUGAUCCUUGUAAUGAUUGAUGACAGACUCCAAGUGGUCUGGAAUAAUACUCCUCAUCCCACCAUCCCAUUUAACACUUUCAUAUGUUGUGUUCUUCAUAACGUUGAGGUUUGGCCCUGUGAGGGGAGCUCGUCCUCUCCCGGUCAUGUGAUCAUAUGUGUAAAAACACCCUCUUUCUAAUGUUAGAUGUUCUAUAAGCAUGUAUCAGGUGUAUUGAUUCAGUACUGAUAAUAAAACAUUUUACGUCUCA